UUCCUCUGGCAGCAGAUUGAGCAAGACUGCUCUGAGCACUGCAGAGAAGACGACCCAUCAAACCUCAGACGAUGAGCAGCCCUGUGACCUGUUCAAGAAAAGGAAUAGGAUGAGUGACUGGCAUCAGAAAAACAGUGUGAAUACUGGGUCAUCUUGGAAUCAAGUACAACAUUCAAAGACUUCUUCAGGAAAAAGGCAGAGUAGAUCCCAAGGACCCCAGGUCUCUUCCCACCUGGGAAGCAGCCUGCUUGGUGUCUCCCGGCCCUCAGCGGAUAAGCUCAUGGGAACCAUUUCCACUGAGGGACGACCGGAGCCGACCAUGCUGGGCCCCAGGUGCCAGGCUGCCUCGGGAAGCAAGCUGUUCCUUGACUUUCAGUGCAUGAAGAUCAUUAAGGAAGGUGCUGAUGAGGACAGUGCAAGUGACCUUUCGGACUCAGAAAGAGUGGCCAUUCCUCCUUCUCCAUUCACGCCUCCUGACCUCAACCUGCGAGCAGAAGAGAUAGACCCAGUUUCCUUCAAUCUUCACCCAGACCCGAGCCAGGCAGAACCUGAACACUGCUACCCCGACUUUCUCCCACCCCCUUUCAGCUCCUGGGACCUCCAGGACAUGGCUGUGGUCAUGAACACAGAGUGCAGGAGCGAGGCCCUGCCUCGGGCCACGGGGCUCCUUGGGAAGUACAUAGACAGACUCCUUCAGUUGGAAUGGCUGCAGGUCCAAACUGUGCAGUGUGAGAAGGCCCGAGCAGCGAAGGCAAGGCCCCCUGGGGCCUCUGGGAUGCUGAAAAGCCCCAGGCGGGGUAAGCUCCUCCCCAGUGUGCUCUCCAAGCCUGUAUUGUCCCCUGAAGGAAUCCCAAAGCCAGGCCCUUCUAGAAAGAAAGCUUUGCACCAUGAAGAAGCCCACCCAUCCUACUACACAUUUGAGACUUCACCUAGAUCUGUGGAUGGGCCUGGUGGCCCCAGGCUGUGUUCUCAGAAACAAGCCCCUGAAUUGAGGAUGGAAAAGAAGAAGAAAUCAAGCAAGGCCCCUAAGCUUCACCUCCAUGCUCCGCCCCGCGCCGAGGGCAACCCUGCCAUGGAAGCCAACGGGAACAUCCGAAUUCCCAAGCAGUCCACAGUACUUCUGGACACAGUGGACUCCUGUGGGGCCUCCAGGACACAAGCACACGCAGACCUGAAGAAAAAGGGAAAUACCUGUGGCCUCACCUCUUCAUCCAGUGAGAAAAAACUCAAAACGAAUGGAGGGAAGCAAAGCGCAUAUAAGUUAAAGUGACACUUGAGGCUAAAAAAAUCACCGAGUCCCGCAGGUGUCUGGAAGUGGGGCCUCUCCCCAAAGUGACAGAGAAUUGUAAUCUAAUUGUGGAGACCUACUCAAGUAGCCGCCUGGCUCUCCAGUCACCCCAGCAGUAAGGCUCAGUAAGGCUGUUCUUGGCAUGCAGUCUUAGGUUUCUGAGGGACCUAACGGUAAAAGUUAACUCACGUGUCUAUGACACAAAGGAUUGAAACAGCGGUGU